UCCGAGGAGCGGUUUAAAAAUAGGACACGUUUACAAUUAGUUUUGAGUCAAGACAAAUGAUUUAAUGUUGUCUAUAGUACUGAAUAAGCUUCUAUUUGUGAUUGCUAUUAGUGCCAUGAUGAGCUGUGGGGAAAAAUCAUCGUCAAAAAAUAAUAUGGAAUUGGUAGUUUACGAACCUCCCAAGUUAUUUACAAUUUUUCAAACAGAUUCAAGAGAGUUCACGUUUGCAGGUCAUACAGUGAAUAUUAGCCAAGAUUGGGAGACGAAUGGUGUAGCAGCUGUUGUAUGGGACGCCGCCCUUGUUUUAGUAAAGUACUUAGAGACAAUGGUGGAUUUAACUGGGAAGAGAGUCAUUGAGCUUGGAGCAGGUACUGGUUUGGUUGGGAUUGUUGCAGGUUACCUUGGAGCACAAGUCACCAUAACAGACAGACGGAUGGCUCUGGACUUAGCUCAUGAUAAUGUCAAGAGAAAUAUUAAAAAUCUGAACUCAUCUUCUGUUGAUGUCCGUGAGUUGGAAUGGGGACAAGAUGUCUCGCCGUUUAAACCCCCAUUUGAUUACAUCCUUGGUGCUGAUAUUGUAUACAUUGAAGACACAUUUCCACAGCUACUUCAAACGAUCACUGAGUUAAGUGAUAUCAGGACUAUAGUGUUACUAUCCUGUAAAAUCAGAUAUAAGAGAGACAGAAACUUUCUUGGACUUCUGAAUGAGAAAUUCGAGAUUUCAAAAGUACACUACGACGAAAAUGUCGAUAUUUACAUAUACAAAGCUGUAAAAAGAGUCGAUAAAAAAUAA